CAGACAAUUUGUUGUAGCUUAACCUACACGAGGAAGCUGAUUGGAUUUAUCCGUCCAUUUAGACCCUCCACAAUAAUACCCUUUGUGGAGGAGAAAGCCUCGUGAGUGAUGAGCACAGAACAAAGAACUUUAUCCUGUAUGUCGGGUGAGGACAACAUGACUGGGGGCCAGUCCCAGGUCUUGUUCCUGCAGCCUGUCUGGGACUACCUCCACCAGAACCACCACGACCUCCUGAGGAGCCCUCUGUUCCCCGUGGUCCUCUCCGUCACCACCUACUUCCUCCUGGUCAGUCUGUACACCCUGCUCGACCUGCUGGCGCCCACCUGGCCCUGCAUUAACCGCUACCGGCUCCAUCCGGACGGGGCCGUCACCUGGCCUAACAUCUGGACCACCCUGGGCGUCACCGUCUACAACCACCUGCUUUACAUCUUUCCCGCCGCGGUCGCCCAGUGGCUGUGGAGGCCGCCCACCCCGCUGCCCUGCAAGGCGCCCACUCUCUGGAGCUUCUUCCUGGGCGUCCUGGGCUGCACGGUGGUCUUUGACUUCCAGUAUUACCUGUGGCACCGGCUGCACCACCGGGUGCCGUGGUUGUACCGCACGUUCCACGCCGUGCACCACCAGUACAACCAGCCCUUCAGCCUCGUCACCCAGUACCUGUCUGGCUGGGAGUUAUUCAGCGUGGGGUUCUGGGCUACAGUGGACCCCGUCCUGCUCCGAUGCCACUGCCUCACAACGUGGGGCUUCAUGGUCUUCAACAUCUACAUUUCCACCGAGGACCACUGCGGCUACGACUUCCCGUGGGCCAUGCACAAGCUGGUGCCCUUCGGCCUGUGGGGUGGUGCACCAAAGCACGACGCUCACCACCAGCGGCCCAACACUAACUUCGCCCCGUUCUUCUCCCACUGGGACUGGCUGGGGGGAACCCACACUGUGCCGAAUCCACCGGCCACGCUGCCGCCGGGGGAGCCAGACGAGACGAAAGGGAGAAGAGACUAAAGAGCUUGAAUUAAUCUCUCAUCGCCUCUUUUACUCAAACCGCCUCUUUCUUGUAAAUGCUGUCCCUCCAACACCAGACCAGUGUCUCUCUUCCCCUGUGUCUGCCUUUCCUUUUUUACACUUCCUAUGUGGAUGUAUUCUCUCUCUAACAGAACAGCUGAUUAUCAGUCUAACAAUUGCACCGAUCCUCUCGCUCACACGCAUGAAUAGCGACCUUUUAGCUGCACGGCAGCAUGACGCGUGGGAGCAAUACUAAUCCAACUCUCUCUGAGAUGCUCCUACUGGAAGAGUUCUCAAUAAGGUGUCUUUCUUUCAC